AUGGCUGCGGCGGGGCGGCGGCGGCGACGGCGGCGGGACGAGACGCAGCGGCCGGCGGUGGCGUGGGCAGCGGGGAGCGGGACUGAGAGCAACCAGGGCGCACCUACGGGACACCCCGCCCCCUGCUGCUUGGGUACCGCUCCGCCCCGCCCCGCGUGUAACCCUCCGCGGGCCGCGCUCGCAAAUGAGCGCUGCAGCUGCGCCGCCGCGGACUCCGACUCGCGCACGCGCCCCAGAGCUCAUCUUUGGGAAGAAUCUUCCAGAAAGAGGACAACAAGGGCAAAAGCCCUGAGCUACUCGCACAACAAGCUCUACCAGGCCAGUCAAGAAGAUGAAGUGGUGAUUCCAACUGGAGACUCAGGUUAUCCGCCCGCCGCCGGGCCAGAAGGCCUCCCGCUGGGCCAGAAGGGCUCUCGCAACGCCGGCGGAAGGAUCCGGCAACAAGCACGCACCACACACGGCUCACACGCUGAUUGGCCUGCGGAGAGCUGGCCCCACAUCAGGCCGCCGCGCCGUUCAUCCCGGGCGAGGCCUCUCUUCCGGUACAUCGAAAGCUCCUUGUGGUCCCGAGGACCUGCUCCCAGCCUCCUCUCCAGCAUACCAUGCUUCAUUCGAACCUUGCUUUUUCUUGAAAAAUAACUAAUCACAUGUGUUUAAUUCUUUCAAAUGGAUGAUGUUUUCGUGUCUCCUUUCUCGCCCAGCACUGUUGCCAUGGCUACUAAUUGCUGCAUUGUCCUCCAUGGUGUGGGAUCCCUACCUUCCACCUGCUCACUCAGUGGUGGGCCACCCAGGUGGCGUCCAGAUAACACCACAAAGACUAGCCUCAAACUGUCCCCUCUCGACCCAUGUGAGACUUUCUUUGCAAAAUACAUAUAUGGACCCAGUACUGUUGGAUUGUAAGUAUAUUCAACUGGACUGGUUUCCUGUUACAUUUGUUCCUGAAUGUUUGCAAAGGAAAUAAUUUUUAGGACCCAGGAAAGCAAGCCCUGUGCAGGGCGGAGGGGAUGGAGGGAUGUACAUCAGUUGCAAAAUCCUGCUGGCAUUGCCCAAAGUAGCAACUGAAAAUACAGGACAAAUUUGAGUUCCCGAUAAGCAGCAAAUAAUUUUGUUUAAGUAUGUUGCAAAUAUUGCAUGGGAUAUGUUUAUACUAAAAAUGUAUCUGUUGUUCAUCUGAAACUCAAACUUACCCGGGCAUCCUAUAUUUUAUCUGGCAAGCCCACCUCCAAUUGACCACUUCAAGAUUGUAUGACCCUUCUCAAACUGGGGAAAGGAGUCAAUCACUGUUACAUGUCAAAAUCUGGAAAAUGCCACAAAUGCUUGAUUGGAAGUAAUGAAAAAUAUUUAGGAAGUCCAUACAACAGAAUUACAAUAAACAUUAAACUGUGAUUUUCACAAUAUUUUAAUUCUGUUCUGAAAUCAGUCUACAAAUACCUCUACAUACACGAAAGCCAGUGAUUUAAUAAAUAAGAGAAAUGUAUGUAUUGCUUUGAAAAAAAAAACCUUAAACAUUUAUGUCUAUAUCUGAUAUUUGUAGAAUCAGUUUCCCAUGGCUCAUGGGACUAAAGUGUGCA